AUGCAGCUAUCCCACGGCACGUUGGUGCACGACGGCAGAUCUCUCGACGGCCAAGAAUAUCAACGCGGGGAUUCUGUGGCGAUCAUUGACAACGGAUCGAACGAAGACCUGAAGGACUCUGUCCACGUUCUCAACCUGCGAAACAACCAGUACAUGCUUGUGCUUCUCAAGUCUGUCUGCUGGGUUCCCACACAUACCGAACAGCGAUCCGGCGCCACCUUCCUGAUCACCAUGUACGGUCCUAGCUUGGACUUCAGGCAGCCGGGGGACGCCCAACGCCGCUUGGGUAACCGCGGAAUUGUGAGCCUUCUUGGUUCUUCUGUGUAUGUCGCACGCGAGAUCAUCUUUGAGGGCAAUCCUUCACGAGCUGUCCUCGACACUACCGACAGAGUCUCAACAUUUACGGUCCAGUGGGAUGCUUUGUCAGUCGAUGCGAUACAGCAGCCCGCGUUGACGCCUUCUUCGUCUUGCGCGUCCUCGAGGAGUCCUUCCGAGUCUGGCGAUGACGUUCCUGUCAUGCACUUUUACCGCCAUCAAGGCCGGCGAGAUUCUGCCAUCGAGAUUCGCGACCCCGAAUCACCCGUUUACAAGUCUACUGCUACACAUAAGACGUCACCAAAGCCGCUGUUUACCCGUUCUGCUUUCUUUGCCACAAAGCAGAACACUCGUAUAUCGACAGACGCCCCAACACAUCGCCAACCAUGCGGCAGUGCUUCUUGGUCAGAUCUGGGGUCAGACGAUGAGCCUGCAUUCGAUGUUGACGGCAGUUUCAACCUUGAUGCUGGCUGUCCUGCCACGCUCGACUUUUGCAGUGAAGGGUUCCAGCUGAACGGAAUGAACACAGAAGGUGAUCUGCAAGUCAACUUUGUGUUCAUGCAACAGAACGAGGGCGACAACUACGUUGGUACACACCCAGAACAGCAGCGCCCAGAUAACACCACGCAAAAUCACAUGUGGGCUGCUCCAGGGAUGCAGGCAGGUCAGGACCAAGCCUGGAACACUUUGCAGAUGCCGCAGCAGCAGUUGGCAGAUGUGCGACAACCGCAUAUGCCUGCACCACAGCGUCAGCAACAGCUCCCACCGAGGCAAGAAGUGCACUCGGAAUACUACGAUCAGUAUCGGGUGAUGGAAGACCCCAACAGGGCUCACGGUCAGAACAUGGGACAGCACGAGCAUUUGGAGACGCCUACUAUGCACGGGCAACGCGCAGAAUAUGCCCAGCCACAGCAACUGCCUCAAGCCGCUGCUCCUCAUCCUGGCCAGGGUUUCCAGAUGCAGUCCCGUUACGCAGAGCAAACCAACAGGCUCCCCGUUCCUGCUCCCGCUCCAGUUCCGUUUUCUAUGCCACAAGAGGUCCACGUCAUUCAGAGCAACCGCCAUGAGCCUCGCCCUCCCUACGCAUUGCCCUCCAACUACAGCCCGGUUCAUGAAGGCAGCUUGCCGUCAACCUCGCACAGUCAGCAACCCAGGCGUAGUCCGCUCCCUGACGAAUCACGUUCAUCGAGCGCUCGCGGAACUCCCGUCAUCCGUCGAGCAAAGCCUCAACCCGCACAAACGUUUACACCCACUGCCAUGGUCAACUCGUUCCGUCAAAGCACGCAAAAUCACCUUGCUGCUCUUGAGAGACACUGUGAGCAGCUUCAGCAAGUCAAUGAUGACCACGCUCGCAACGCCCACGAGACCCUCCAGGCCGCGCGUCGUGCCGCUGAAGAAUCUUCCCAGACGCUCGGCCUUCUCCAGCCGAUCUCUGGCAUUCCGUUCCAGGGCACAGAAAGGAGGUUGCAGGCUCUGUCUGACCAGAUUGCCGCAGCCAUGCAAAACCUUCUGCCCGAAGCCUCUGAGCCCCCCGCCACUCCUGAAGAGGGCAUCAAGCAGUUGAACCAGAAGGUUCAGGCCCUCAAAGAGUUUAUCGAAUACGUGGAAGGGGUUCAUCCUGAGGUAGUCAAGCGCGCGCAGGCCUCCGCGGAGGCCAACUCCAAGACUGGUGAUAAAUCUCGUCUGGAGAACAAGAAUGCGCCCGUCGCCGCAGCCGGCCGUAUUCCAUCCGCCCCCGCCUCUGUUUCUUCUCAGAUGGGCGCCAGCGAUGACGAUUCGUGUCGCUGGGUCGAUGGACAGGCUACGCCACCUCCCGACCGCUCUUCGGCUUUGGCUCAGAACCGAGACCAUUCGCGCCUCUUCCGCGACAUGGCCAAUGGUCACAGUCGAGUUCGCCAAGAGAACCGCGUUGCCACCUCAGACUUCUAUCCAAGUGCAGCCUACAGCCGCCCUUCAUCUCACAUGAACUCACCGGUUACUAGCCACCCUGCUCCGGCUGAGGCUCCUCACGGUUUCUUCCAACAGCCCCUGCCCACCCCAGUUCAGCAAUCAAUCCCUCUGUCAGACUACGCAAUGCAGUCUCGACCGAUCCCAACUUACACUCCGCCUACCUCUGCAGAGAUGAUGCGCCCCAUGCAGGCCAUCUCUGGCAUGCCUCCCCAGCACUACACCACCCAGCAGGAGAACCCUUUCUGCCUGCGGCCCGCGCAGCAAGACUGCAUGUACCCUACGAGCGCAGCCGAAAUCUCUCAGGCGGGGUAUGCUCCCCGUUCUCCGGUCUAUCCGCCCAACAGCGCUGGGCCCCAGCCGGGAUACUACCCUGACGUGAGGUCCGGUCUUCCGGAAAGGCGUACCAUGCGCCAGGAACGCCCGGCUCCGUACCCCUUGAACUACAGAGGAGACCAGAGGCGACGCAGGGGAAGUCAGUAA